AUGAAACUUUUUAUCCUCAUUUCCGCGCUGGUAGUCGUAGCAAGUGCCUCUUUGAGCAAGCACUUCUCCGAUGACGAGGUCACUGCUCAGUUUGAGAAGUUCAAACUCGACAACUCCCGCAUCUACGCCUCCGCCGCCGAAGAAACCAAACGCAAGGCCAUCUUUGCCUCAAACCUCGACUUUAUCUUCACCCACAAUGAGGAGCACCUCCGUGGCCUGCACAGCUUCACCGUCGGCGUGACGCCCUUUGCUGACCAAACUUCGGCAGAGUUCCGCGUUCGACGAGUUUUUACGCCUAAAAACCAAAACCAAAAUAAAACCUUAAAAAACAAAGCUCUCCCCGAAUCAGUGGACUGGGUGGCAAAGGGCGUUGUGAGCCCGGUGCAAAACCAAGGCCAGCUGGGCGCAAGUUGGGCCUUCAGCUCGGUGGCCGCCGUCGAGUCGUCGCACGCCAUCCAGACCGGUCACCUGGUGAAGCUCUCUGAAGCUCAGCUGGAGGACUGCUGCAGCCCCUACAAUGGAACAUCGGGGCCGUAUGAUAACAUUUUUCAGUGCGUCAUCAAGCUUGGAGGCAUCGACACUGAGGUCAGUUACCCGCUUCCUCAGGGAAAAUGCGCCUACAACCCGGCUACCAGGGGCACUGGCGUCUAUAUCUACGUUGACAUUCCCUUUGGCUCUGAGUAUGAUCUCCAGCUGAACACUGCCUUGGGUGGUCCGGUGGCAGUGCUCAUUGACGCCAGCCAGCAGUCCUUUAUGCUCUACACCGGGGGCGUCUACUAUGAGCCCGCCUGCAGCUCCACUGUUCUCGAUAUGGCCGUGGCCGUUGUGGGCUAUGGAGUCGAUGCGCAGUCUGGGGCCGCCUUUUGGAAGGUGAAGAAUAGCUGGGGCACUGGCUGGGGCGAAUCGGGCUACAUUCGCAUGGCUCGAAACCGAAACAACAACUGCGGCAUUGCCAGCGCCGCUGUCAUUCCUUUUGAUUCAAAAUAG